AUUGCUAGAAUGAAGGGCGCGGGUAAGCCAAAUUCUACAUCAUACAGGUACCAUUGCUUAAUCCAAGAACGUUGAUUGGUUUAGCUAGUUCGGUGCACAGUGAUCAGAUAUCGCUUAGUCACUGGACAAACCUCAGACUCUAGUAAUUGAUAGUAACGUAGGACUGUAACACGAAGAACAUUAAACUAGCUUACAGGAAGGUAAAGUACUUUAUUUAGCUCAGCGAACCAGAAUGAGGGAUACCAUUAUAUUACACGUCCUAGUUUACCUGUUUGUGCAAGUAGAGGCUAUAGAUCCAGACGCCCAUGUCUCGUUCGCACUCGUUUUUCCGAAAGAGACAAAUCGGCGUCUAAGACGUUACGUAGAACUUUCUCCUUCGGCUUACACAGAAGAGGAAAAGAAAGCGAUGCUCGACGCUCACAACGAGUACAGAAGGAUUACAAAUCCAUCGGCUGCUGACAUGAAUUUACUAACAUGGAACGACCAGCUGGCAGAUUCAGUGCAGACGUGGACGGAGGAGUGCGUGUGGGAUCACGGACAGGUGGAGUUCGAGAAUCAGCAGUAUGACCCAAUGGGACAAAACCUGUGGAGGGGCGGUAACAAAGUAUCUGUAAGCGCGGUAAGGGCUUGGAUGAACGAGGACAAAUAUUAUAACUACACCGAACAUGUUUGUCAACCUGGCAAGGUUUGCGGCCAUUAUACACAGGUCCUUUGGGAUACCACAAAACAAAUGGGUUGUGGUUACCAUUCGUGUGAAGAUGGGAAAACUAUAGUUGGAUGUAACUACGGUCCAGCAGGCAAUUACAACCGACGACCCUAUAUUGAGGGUCCAAGAUGUUCUCAGUGCUCUGAACCUGGAUUUUGCUACAACGGUUUAUGCUGUAAGAAUUUAAUCUUUCACAUUCGGUAAUACAAUUAAUGAUUGAGUUUUACGA